GAGGAGGAGGAGGAGGCGUGCGCUAUUCAUACCAACAUUACAUUACGCACGGGCACACUAGAGUGGAACAGGUGACGAGAACACCAGUAACACAGAAGACAUGGCCUCAGACACCAAGGCCACAGACCCACUGGAGGUACUGAGACAGCGAUGUCUGGCCAGGGGAGUGGCUGGCAUCAAGGGACUGGCAAGGACGUUCCGCAUCAUGGACGACGAUGGCAGUAAGUCUCUGGACCUGCAGGAGUUUAUUAAAGGACUGCAGGACUAUGGUGUGGUGGUGAGCAGAGAGGAGGCCCGGCAGAUCUUCACACUGUGUGACAAGGACGGCAGUGGCAGCAUCAACUUCAACGAGUUUCUGGAGAAUCUGAGGCCUCCCAUGCCCAGUGCCAGGAUCUCUGUGAUCGGCCAGGCCUUUAAGAAGUUAGACCGGACAGGGGACGGGGUGGUGACUGUGGAGGACCUGAGGGGGGUCUACAACUGCUCACAACACCCCAAAUAUAAGAGUGGGGAGUGGACAGAGGAACAGGUCUUCCUAACUUUCCUCAGCAGCUUUGAUUCCCCCAACGACAAAGACGGCAAGGUAACUCAGGAGGAGUUCAUGAAUUACUACAGUGGAGUGAGUGCCUCUAUUGACAGCGACGGAUACUUUGUUACGAUGAUGCAGAAUGCCUGGAAGCUGUAGGCACCGCUGGCUAUCUACAUUUACGUGUAACCCUACUAAUAUAUUUGGCUAAUCAUAAAAAGGCACCUUUGCAUUCAUUUAGAACUUAUGUAUGUGUACAUGUGAGAAAAUAGACAAAAUGCAAGUUUAUAGUUUUUCAAUGGAACAGAAUAGCUUUAAAUGCACAGAUACAACCGAUUUCUACUGAAUGAUUUAUAUAUAUUACAAAUAUUAAUCACGUUCCUUUUGUGCCAUAUUGCUUUGUCUUGUUAAGAUCCCUAUUAUGGUUUAAGCUACAUCAUAAUUAUGCAAAUGUUUGCCAAAUAGACUACCUUUCUCGUAGCACAAUGAGUGUUCCUUUAAAUGCCUUAUCUACCUGCACAUAAGCUCAUACGAUCGGGACCACCGUGUGCUGAUGCGAGUAGCGAGGUCCAUACAGAAAUGGUUUCUCGAGAUUUGAAUUUGACUGGCCUUCUGCUAUUUGUUAGUCAGCUUGUCUAAUAAUUAGAUAUAAUGAGAAAUGAGAAUGUUUCAUGGGAACACUGAAGAAACUCUCGCUCACCAGAAUAAUGUAAUAAAUCCAUAUACUGGAUGCUUCAACGUAGUUGA